CGCACUCCAACCCAGAUCAACACUCAUAUCCCCCCAAAUCCCCACCCUACCCUACCAUCUAACCGUUAUAGCAUCGCCGCUAUAGCUAAAAUGACCGGGUCUCUGCCGCGCAUCGCCUGCUUCCACGGUGGUGGGUCGAAGGGCGCCAUCUACGAGGUUCAAUGCGCCCAGCUGGCCGGACUGCUCAAAAAUGACUUUCAAUUCGUUUUCUUCGAUGGGCCGUUCGAAAGCGGACCCGGACCAGGCAUUCUGCCCGCUUUCCGUGAUUACAAGCCUUUCCGGUCAUGGUUCAAGAGGGACGGAUCGGAGGUCGAGCAGAGUGAUGGGGGUGGAUACGACAUCUCGGGGCGGGACGGUGUGGAGCGGGUGUGGAAAUUGAUGGAAGCGGCGGGGCCCGGUGGGGAAUGGGUCGGAGUGAUGGGAUUCAGCCAGGGCACCCGCAUCACCAGUGGGCUGCUGCUGGAUCAACAGCAGAGGACGUCGUUGGGGGAACUGGGAAGUACUCCGCAACUGAAAUUUGGGGUGCUGUGUAUGGGUGGUGGUGCACCCAUGGUGUCGGAGAUCGGUCAUCAGUUUGCCACCAUGGGAUCGACCGAGUUGAUCAAGAUACCGACGCUACAUGUCCAUGGACUGAAGGAUAUGUUUUUGGAAUUGGGAAAGCAGCAACAUGCGAUGUAUUAUGAACCGGGUACAUCCAAGGUAUAUGAGGUUGAUUAUCACCACGCCAUGCCUUGGUAUAAGCAUGAAGUUCGGCGAUUGGCAGACCUGAUCCGCGAGCUGUAUAAAGAAACUACUCGGAAUUGAAGGGUUAGUUAGGAUCUUACUGGGUGGGCUGUCGGGAGCAGUGCGAAUGGAUACAGUAUGUUGAUGUUGAUUGUCUGGUUGAUAUUGAACGGUCGAUCAAGAAGCUCAGCCAGACUCUGGAACGCGUUAUAGACGGGAUUUUCUUAUGUGAAAAGGUGGGAGUU